CUCAGUUGCCAAAAUGAACGUCUUGUCGACUCUAAUUUCGAUCAUUUUUGUAGCGUGUUUUCUGGUUCGUGUUCGAGCUUAUAACAAGCCUCGCAGAAGUAUCUACAACAAAUUAACUCAAGAGGGGGACUACGAAAGUUUUGCUGAACUAAUAAGAAGGAACAGGGAAGCCCAAAAGGAUUUACUGCAGAAUGAACUAACGCUGUUUAUUCCUACUAAUUCAGCUUUCCAAGAGUUUACCAAACCUCUCCACAGCGACACGGCGUUUUACCACAUGGCCACCGGCUUGACUAUUUUGGACGACUUGAAAUCUACUCGAGGUUUAUCCAGCGUCAAACACAACUUUCCCAAACUGUGGAUAACCAAAACCGACGACGACAGGCUGUUCGUGAACAAUGCGGAAAUUCUGCUGGAUAGAUCCGAUUAUAUCGAAAGUACACGGCACCCGCCAGAUGGAAAACAACAAGUUCUUCAUGUCAUAGACAAAGUUUUGGAUCCGUACGUUCGACUACCGAAAACUACUUUGACCGCUUACGAUUUUAUGCUAUCCAUAUGGAAGUGGAACCUGGAUAUUAAAGAUGGCGUCAGCAACUUUCUACAUAAAGUUAACGAGAAUGGUUUAGCACAUUUAUAUCAAUUGGGAGGAGCAAACACGUAUUUAAUUCCGAUAGAUCGGAGCAUAGAUACAUACAAGUUUAAAAUGCUGAAUAGAAAUACAAUUUUUGGACAUAUCAUACCAGACUUCGUACUGUUUAGCAGACCCACAAGGAAAAACUUCAAUUACGAAACUAUGGCAAACGAUGACAACACUUAUAUAGUUAUUUCCAUGGAUGGAACAGAAACAGACUUAUAUGUGUAUAGCAGUACCAUAGCUGGUAAUGAGGACAACCCUAAAGGUACUUUUAGAGCGAAUAUUAUCAAAGCAAACAUACCGGUGUACAAUGGAGUCGUUCAUCUCAUAUCUGAACCAUUGGGUAUCUACAACAGAACUAAUCCUUUUCCAUUCCUACCAAUUAUGGCUAAAUUGGCAGCAGAUCCAACAUUGGACACAUUUUUCGAACUAGGAGAAAGAACUGGAUUUAAUAAAAUAUUCACCACCCAUAAUGUUUCGUUCACAUACUUUAUCCCAAACAAUCACGCUUUGCUACAGAUGAAGAAAAAAGGACUUACUUAUUCUGAGAAUGAUGUCGAGUUGCUCAAGAAACAUCUUGUUAUUUCCGAUGUACCUUAUUCUAUGGAACGACUACUAGCACUAUCAAAGAACUCAAAUACCUCAGGUAUUAGGCUAAAAACGAUUGGAGGACUCGUAAAACUGACUGUACUGGAAAUAGAUGAUACCUACUACAUCAAGUACAAUCAAGCUUACAUUAAAGUAGUUCGACCAAACUACGAGUGCACUGAUGGAAUCAUUCAUAUAUUGGCUGCCCCACUGACUAAUUUACACUAAAAGAAUCAUUGGUUUUGAAAUAAAUCAUAAAUGAUAUAAAAUAAUAAUUUACCAGAAAGCAUAAAAUACUUAAUUUUGUUACGACUAUGU